AUUGGACGAGCCAAUCUCAGCCCCUGCUGGUGCCACCUGCUUAUCGCAUUUUUUGAGGGAAUUAACUGAAAUCCUUCAAAAAAUCUAUUUAACACGAAAAAUACCAAACAGACCUGUCUCGAUUGCAACUCCCCCACGAGGCCACUACCCAAUCUUCUUCUUCUUCUUCUUCCUCUUCUUCCACACAUAUAAAACAAAGAUAACCCCACUUUCUAUCAAAGAAAAAUUCAAUACCAGAACCAGAUCUCGGAUUUCCGGCCGUCAAGAAGAGAGAGAAUGAGUUACUACAACCAGCAACAGCCCCCUGUCGGUGUCCCUCCCCAACAAGGUUAUCCGCCAGACGGGUAUCCCAAGGACGCAUAUCCGCCACCGGGAUAUCCCGCGCAGGGCUAUCCUCCGGCGGGAUACCCUCCCCAGCAAGGAUACCCUCCCCAGCAGGGAUAUCCUCCGGCCUACGCCCCUCAGUACGCGCAGCCUCCUCCUCAUCAACAACAGAGUAGCAGUACUGGCCUCAUGGAAGGCUGUUUGGCUGCUUUGUGCUGUUGCUGCCUCUUGGAUGCCUGCUUCUGAUGAGAAACAUUGCAGCAAAAAUGGAGCCGUGAGUCAUGCCACGUAGACAAUUCAGAUUGAACAGAUUCCCAAUCUAUUCGUCAAAUAUGUUUGUGCUAAUUUCCAAUUAAUGUUUGUUUAUCUUUUAUAUAAAUAAUAUGAACUUUUGCUUGGAAGUGAACCUUUUCUUUACUACUUGUUGUAAUGUAUACGUUCGUGGCUUUCAUUUCAA